AUGCCUAGAGGAAAUCUUCUUCUCCUCACACUGGGAAAACUUUCUUGUUGCGCAAGCUUACUCGAGUGCAUGGCUACAGCUAAUGUUCCAUCAACACUUGUUAAAUGUCUUUACAUUUUUCUCGAUCUUCCUGCUGUUUUAACUUCUGAAGCAGCGAAUAACAGAGCACAACUGCAACGCAAAUUUGCUCAAUUGCUGCAACAUGUUUGUCUAUCCUCAGUUGCUGUUGAGGAGAUGGUUAAUGCGGAUGCUCUAAGACACCUUUUCAGCGCUGCAGUUGAUCCGUGUCAACUUGCGAACGCCUUUUGGCGAAAGAGUAGCUGCAUGAUCCUAACCACAUUGGCUCAAAACUGUCUGACAUCGCACGUUGUCCAGUAUAUUCACGAUACUGGAUGUAUUACGGAUUAUGUUGAACGUCUGCAGCAAAUGCAAUUGCCCAAAUCUGAUUCUCUGGAAGCAUUUAUUUCUCUUUUCCAAAUAUUAUCUGAGUCAUGCUUAACAUCAUCUCAACUUUUGGAUGAUUUUCAUACGGCUGGUGGAUAUAAUACCAUUUCAGAUUAUUUACUUAAGUAA